AUGAUUUCGUGGGCUUUAGCCUACGGGCCGGACGUUCCCCACUCCUGGUCUACAAGAAUCCCACUAGUAUACAAAAUGCUGGAAUGGCAACAGUGGAGAAAGUCUGAAUAUCUGGAAACAACUCCUGAUAUGGGCUCGAUCCAGGUCAAUGGUGACAAUCUUAAGAAAACAGAUGCAUUUCAGUACCUCGGCUCCAUCUUACAGAGUGAUGGCAGCAUUGAUGGUGAACUACGGGCGAGAGUCAAUGAGACAUGGCUGAGGUGGCAGGGAGUCACUGGUGUUCUUUGCGAUAAGAAAAUGCCUGUACACCUGAAGUCGAAAAACUACAAGACCAUGGUCUGCCCCGUAAGGCUCUAUGGGUCAGAGUGCUGGCCCAUAACGAAAGCAGCUGAGAAACGACUCCAUGUCAUGGAAACGCGCAUGACUCGCUGGACAUUGGGUGUAUCCCUCCUCGACCACAUCACCAACGACAGGGUCCGAAAACAAUUUGGCAUCAUGCCUAUCGAGGCAAAAAUGAGAGAGAGGCACCUGCGUGGAUUUGACCAUGUCCGACGAGCAGCCCCGGACACUGUCACCAGCACUGCCUAUCACAUUGAGGUUGCUGGUCGACGGCCACGCAAAUGGCCAAAGCAAUGAUGGCAAGAUACCAUCAAUGCAGAUCUGAAAAUUACAUGCCUGCAACCAGACAUCGCGUUCAAUCGAGAGGAGUGGCGUUUAAAAAUCCAAGCAGUGGACCCUGAAUUUCCCAACUUGGAGCUGGCAACAACCCUAAUCACCAACGAUAGGUUGGGGAACAGUAGAGCCAUUGUGGUGCAGCAAGUGAUCCUCAACCAUGUGGUCUUCACCAAACGUCCUUGCCCGUAUAGCCCCUGA